AUGUCUGAGGUGACGCCUUCGGUUCCUGAUUUAAAGAACGAACCGCCGAAAAAGCAGUUCAAAUUUGACAUCUUACCGUUGGCCCUUGCAUGUGGCAAGCUUUUAAGUAGCUGGCUUGCAUUAUGGGGCCUUGGCUACUACCGCUUUAGCCCAAGCUGGAUUGCUCUAGGAGCGGUGACCUACCUGACAUACACCCGCAUGCGUCAGAAGCGUGCCCUUAUAAGUGGAGCUCUCAAAGCAAUAGGGUUAAAUGAGAAGCAAUCGAUCUUAAACAAUAUUGGUGCCCAUGAACUUCCAUCUUGGGUUUACUUUCCGGAUGUAGAGAGGGCAGAAUGGCUAAACAAGGUUAUCCACAGAAUGUGGCCCUUUAUAACUGAUUACGUGACCGACAUUCUUCUGAAGACUGUAGAACCAGCUGUGAAUGGUUGUUUACCGGCCUCUCUCCAACCCUUUACCUUCCUACGAACAGACCUGGGUGACACACCCCCACGAAUUGGUGGCGUAAAGGUUUAUACUGAAGAAAGCAUACGUCGCGAUGAAAUAGUGAUGGACGUUGACGUAAUGUUCUAUAGCGAUGCAAGGAUAAAAGUUUCAGUCGGAAAGGUCAUUGCUGGCAUAAAGGAGUUCGAGGGGGUGCUCCGCAUAAACGUUGUAUCUGCCAGUGACCUGGUUGCCUCGGACAUAAAUAUUGUUGGGAAAAACGCGUCGGACCCGUAUUGUGUGGUUCGCGGUAAGUUAAGUCCAGCUACCCAUUUUCCACACCCGUACCUCCCAUGCUGCUGGCUUGAACCUAACUCGAUCCUGAAAAACUGCAAAUUUUCGAAGUUCCCUAUGCUCCUGGCCAAUUUUUCGAUUUAA